CACCUUCAACAUCAGUCAACAACUGACUUGCCAACAAUCAAGUUGUGUAUUUGGUUGAGAAAAGUUUUGAAUUUUUAUUAACCUCGAGAAAAGUGCCAACAAUCAAGAUGACAAGGUGGCUGUUGUUGAUGGCCUUGCUGGCCAUCACUCGUGGAUCAUUGGCACAAGAUGGAUACCAGUAUCCAGUUCCAAAUCCCUCAUUUCCUACUGGAACAUCAACAUCACCAAAACCUGGAACAGACAAUUUCCCUGGACAAAAUGAAGAGCCUUCAGAAGGCUAUCCUCCUGCAACUGGACCACAAGGACCAGCUCAACGACCAAAUGAUUAUCCUGGUUCAAAUCAACAACCAGGAGGCUAUCCAACUGGUAAUCAAGGACCAGCUCAACGACCAGGCAGUCUGCCAAGACCAAACAAUCGACCAUCUGGUGGUACAAAACGACCAACUCAACAACCUGGUAGUUAUCCUGGAUCAAAUCAACCAACAACUCAACAAUCUCUGGGAGAAGAUGGUUAUAAUUAUCCAGUUCCAGAUAAAAAUUUAAUCCCAGGUGGGCCAGCCACUUCCCCAAAACCCAAUAAUGGAUAUCCUGUAAGCACGACUGAUGAUUAUCCAGCUGGGGGAUUACCAGCAGCAACACCCACAGGUCCAAGAGGACGACCGGGUGGUUUUCCAACGGGUGGACAAAAUGGUUAUCCCAGUGGACGUCCCGGAGGUCAAAGACCUAAUGGCAAUGCACGUCCAACAACCCAAGGUGGAUACCCAGGUGGACAAUCAGAAAAUGAUCAAACUCCAUCCAGUGGUUAUCCAAGUGGACGACCAGGAAAUAACCAAGGCCCAUCAACCGGUGGAUAUCCAAGCAAUCAGCCAGGAAAUAAUCAAGGACCUUCAGAGGGAUAUCCAAGUGGACGGCCAGGCUCUAACCAAGGCCCAUCAAAUGGAUAUCCAAGCGGACGUCCAGGAAAUAAUCAAGGCCCAUCAACUGGUUAUCCUGGUAGACAACCAGGCUCUGAUCAAGGUACAUCAAGUGGAUAUCCAAGUGGACGUCCAGGAAAUAAUCAAAGACCAUCAUCCGGUGGAUAUCCAAGUGGACAACCAGGAAAUAAUCAAGGACCAUCAACCGGUGGAUAUCCAAGUGGACAACCAGGAAAUAAUCAAGGACCUUCAGAGGGAUACCCAAGUGGACGGCCAGGCUCUAACCAAGGCCCAUCAAAUGGAUAUCCAAGUGGACGCCCAGGAAAUAAUCAAGGACCUUCAGAGGGAUAUCCAAGUGGGCAACCAGAUGGAAUUCCAACUGGCGGACAAGGGCCAACAAGUGGAUUUCCAAAUGGAGGACAAAAGCCAUCAGGUGGAUUUCCAAACGGCGGACAAGGACCAUCCGGUGGUUUUCCAACUGGCGGACAAGGGCCAUCCGGUGGUUUUCCAACUGGUGGACAAGGGCCAUCCGGUGGUUUUCCAACUGGUGGACAAGGGCCAUCUGGUGGUUUUCCAACUGGCGGACAAGGGCCAUCCGGUGGUUUUCCAAAUGGUGGACAAGGGCCAUCAGAUGGAUUUCCAACUGGAGGACAAGGGCCAUCAGGUGGAUUUCCAAGUGGAGGACAAGGACCAUCAGGUGGUUUUCCAAGUGGAGGAAAAGGCCCAUCUGGUGGUUUUCCAGGAGAACAAGAUAAUGAUGAUGGCUCUUAUGAUGAUGGUGAUUAUUCAGCAAUUCCCGGUGAACCUGGUCGUGACUAUCCAAUAUUAUCUGAAGUACCCGAAACUAGUUUCCGAUGUGAUGCUCAACAAUUCCCCGGAUACUAUGCUGAUAUUGAAACUCAAUGUCAAGUAUUUCACAUAUGUGCCAACAAUAAAACUUACGAUUUUCUCUGUCCCAAUGGUACAAUCUUUCAUCAACAAUACUUUGUUUGUGUAUGGUGGAAUCAGUUUGAUUGUAAUUCAGCAGCAAGUCUUUUUUAUUUAAAUGAAAAUUUAUAUGACUAUUCAAUCAUGGGAUCUGGACAACAGGGACCAUCAGGUCCAACCUUCAAUGGACAAGGACCACAAGGACCAUCAGGUCCAACCUUUAAUGGACAAGGACCACAAGGACCAUCAGGUCCAACCUUUAAUGGACAAGGACCACAAGGACCAUCAGGUCCAACUUUUAAUGGACAAGGACCACAAGGACCAUCAGGACCAACCUUCAAUGGGCAAGGACCACAGGGUCCUUCAGGACCAACCUUCAAUGGACAAGGACCACAAGGUCCUUCAGGACCAACCUUUAAUGGAAAAGGACCACAAGGUCCUUCGGGACCAAGUUAUGAUGGACAAGGACCACAAGGUCCUUCAGGACCAAGUUAUGAUGGACAAGGACCACAAGGACCAUCAGGACCAAAUUAUAAUGGACAAAGUCCUUUAAGACCUAACGGAGGUAAACGACCUGGUGGACCAGAAUAUUUAGCUCCAUCACCAGCACCUGGUUAUCCUCAAGGUCCUGAAAAUUCACCAAAUUUCCCAACAGCUCAAGGACCUCAAUCACCAACUCGUGGACCAGGAAGAAGACCAAGUACACCCCAACAAAAUCCUAAUAAUUAUCCAGGUUCAGGAGAUCAAGGUUAUCCAAAUAGACGACCAUCAACUCCAACAUUUUCACCUGGAACAACGCCAUCCGCUCCAGGUUAUCCAGAUGAAACACCAUCAUCAACAGAUAUUCCAUUCCCACCACUUGGUCCAUCAAAACCAAACCGUGGAUAUUUGCCUCCACGUGCAGGCUAAAUAAAUAAGCCAUCAUUGAAUUUAUUGCUGACGAAAACCUGCCACAAAUACUUAAACAACAAAACGUUGUUGGUAUUUAAUCUUUGAGUGUAAAUAAAAAUUUUUUUUACUUGAUUUAAAAUUAUAUAUAUAUAUAAGCCAAGUGAUACAGCCUAACUGUAUUAAAUUUUAAUAAUCACAAUCUAGAGAAUUACAGAAUUAAUUUUUUAUUUUUAUAAACAUUUUUUCAUAUGAAAAAUGAUAAUAACAAUCGACAAA